AUGUUCAAAACUAGUCCUCGCUGGUGCCCAGAGGAAUCGACUUUGUCGACAGAAAACAACGCAGAAAACCGAAUGAGGUGGGCCCUUAUUGGCCUUCUCCUUCUCAACACUCUUGGCACAGUGAUCAGUCAAUGUGCAGUGAUGGAUAAAAAAACUUUGACUGCUCGGUGUCAUGCCGUAAGGCCUUGUAUCACUUAUUGUGAAAAGAAGAAAUGUCGCCCUGGUGUUUGCAUAAAAAAGGUGAAUGUGAACGCCUGGCACAACGAAACGCCCGUAAUCUCCUGCCGUAAACCCCACUUCGAGGGCUCAUUUGGCAUGAGCAGCAUCUCUGAACAAUGACAUUAUUCGAGAUCAUAUGUUGUACCAAUUGUUGAUUCUGCUGUGCCGUGAUAAUAGCCAAACAUUUUACUCUUCCGUACUUGAGUUUUUGAAGCGAAUAAAUAUGAAAUCAGCUGC